UAGACGAAUAGGGUCGAGUCGAGUUUUCCAUAAAUAAGCUCAACUUAGACUUUUCUGCUGAUACGACUGGAACAUGAAGGGCUGAACAUGUUCUGAAAUUCAUUAUUAUAAAUAUUACAUUAUAAAUACUACUCCUGCCACCAAGAGUUUUAAAUUUGUGUCUGUUUAGGCUGUCUGUACUUGCUGAGUCUCCUCAUGUUGAGGUUACAGAUGAGAGAAUAGUAUUGAUCUUCUUGUUCUUAUUCACUCUUGUUACUUCUUUAGUAAUGGAAGGUGCUUUCAACUUUUUCUUCCUGUUUUGUCUCUGCUUGCUGCUUUUGCCUUAUCCAAUAUCAUCACUCCCUUUGUGUACUGAUCUUGGAGCACCUUUUUCCCCACAGAAGCCUCUAACUUUCUGUCCAUAUAGUGGGAAUGUCUGCUGUGAUUCAGCUAAAGAUUUACAAUUGCAGAAGCAAUAUGAGGCAAUGAACAUAUCUGAUACUGCCUGUGCUUCUACUGUGAAAUCAAUCCUAUGUGCAACAUGUGAUCCAUUCUCAGCAGAAUUAUACACUGCUGGAUCCAGAUCUCGUCCAGUUCCAGUCCUUUGUAACUCAACCGGUUCAGCAGGCUCAUCAUCAAAACAGGCUACAGCGAGCUAUUGUUCAUCAGUAUGGGACACUUGCCAAGAUAUCUCUAUAAAAAAUUCUCCUUUUGCACCUUCACUACAAGGGGCCGGAACGCCUCAGAAUUCCACUUCGUCGACAUUGACUGAUUUAUGGCAGUCAAAAUCUGAUUUUUGCGACUCAUUUGGUGGUUCUUCUGGGGAUAAUUCUUUAUGUUUUGAAGGCAAGCCAAUUUCCCUUAACAAAAGUGAAACUUUACCUGCUCCUAAAGGCAUGUGUCUUGAAAAAGUUGGAAAUGGAGCUUACCUCAAUAUGGUAGCUCAUCCAGAUGGCUCUAACCGUGCCUUCUUUUCUAACCAGCCUGGUAAAAUUUGGUUAGCCAAAGUUCCUGAACAAGGGUCUGGAGAAAGUUUAGAACUUGAUGAGUCUAGUCCUUUUGUAGAUUUAACUGAUCAAAUUCAUUUUGACACAAGCUUUGGAAUGAUGGGAAUGGCUUUUCAUCCGAACUUUGCACAAAAUGGUCGUUUCUUUGCCUCAUUUAACUGUGAUAAGGUCUCCAAUCCUGGAUGUUCUGCAAGGUGUGCUUGUAAUUCUGAUGUAGGUUGUGACCCUUCCAAGUUACCUUCAAGUUCAGGUGCUGAUGCACCGUGCCAAUAUCAUAUGGUAGUUGCGGAGUACAGUGCUAAUGGUACAGCAUCAGAUCCUUCACAGGCAGAAACAGCAAAACCGACAGAAGUGAGAAGGAUUUUUACAAUAGGACUUCCGUCGUCAACAAGUCAUGGUGGACAGGUGCUCUUUAGUCCUGCAGAUAAGUACAUGUACAUCAUGACUGGAGAUGGUGGCCUUAAAGGCGAAGGGCAUAACUUUGCCCAAAACAAGAAUUCUUUGCUUGGAAAGGUCAUGAGGAUUGAUGUAGACAACUUACCUACUGAAAGUAAUGCAGAUUUAUGGGGAAAUUAUUCCAUCCCACGGGAUAAUCCGUAUUCCAAGGAUAAGGAAGCACAGCCAGAAAUUUGGGCAGAAGGGCUAAGAAAUCCUUGGCGUUGUAGCUUUGAUGUGGAGAGGCCUUCUUACUUUGUUUGUGCAGAUACUGGCCAGGAUCAAUAUGAAGAAGUUGAUAUCAUCACCAAGGGUGGAAAUUAUGGAUGGCCAGCUUAUGAAGGACCCCUUCUUUAUGACUCCAAACAAUCUACCACCAAAAACAAUACAGUAGAUGUCAUUAACCCAAUCUUCCCUGUAGUUGGUUAUAGCCAUUCUGACGUGAACAAGAAGGAAGGAUCUGCAGCCAUAUCAGGCGGGUACUUCUAUCGCUCUACAACUGAUCCGUGCAUGUAUGGAAGUUAUGUGUACGCAGAUUUGUAUGCUGGCAACGUGUGGACAGCUGCUGAAACACCAAUAAACAGUGGAAACUUCAGUGCUACUUCAAUUCCCUUCAGUUGUGCCAAAGAUUCACCUAUGAAUUGCAGCACAGUUCCUAACAGUCGUUUAGCUGCUUUAGGCUAUAUUUUCUCAUUCGGAGAGGAUAACAACAAAGACGUUUAUAUUUUGACAAGCACUGGAGUUUACAGAAUAGUUCAACCAAGUCGCUGUGAUUUCACCUGCUCAAAGGAAGUAAAGACUUCUUCACCUCCAAAUACGCCCCCUUCAUCUUCAAACGGUCAUCACACCUCAAUCCAAUAUCUGUUUUCAAAGCUCUCGUUGAUUUCAAUCUCGUUACUGCUGGCAUUUUCUUUAUAAGGUGUGACUGAUUAAUUUUGUUGUACGCUAUUCUUAUGCUGGAACCUGGGAUAUAUGUUACAGUUUUGCUUGCUGCACAUUCAGUUCUCAUUUUUUAGUUGAUGAAGGCCGAAGUGCCAUAUACAAAGCUUCAAUUUAUUUCUGAA